CAUUUGCAGGUUCUGUGAGCAAAGGUGGUUUGGUAGCUUCGCUCGACUCAGCUGAGAGAAAAGAGAAUUCACAAUGAGACCCGUGUUUUGUGGAAACCUGGACUUCGACGCGCGUCAAUCUGAUGUUGAGAGGCUCUUCAAAAGAUACGGGAAGGUUGAAAGAGUGGACAUGAAAUCUGCUAUGCAAUUACUCAUUUUACUGGAAUUCUUUUCCUUCAUGUUUGGGACAAUUUGAGUAUGUAAUGUGAUUUUCAGUUGUUAGUUAGUGUUGGGUGGCCAAGCAUUGUUUUUGGCUUUGAACUUUGUGUGAACUUGUUUUAUUGUGCUGAAUUUUUCGGGGCCUUCCUCUUUGCAAUGUAUACUUUACAUGGUUGUUGGAUAAAUUAUAUGGCAAAGACCGGAUAUCUUGGAGAGGUGUAUUUCUCGAGAAAGCAGAUUAACGGAUUGGCAACUGUGACUGGCAUUGCUUGAAUGGAUUACUUGGAAAAUUGGAAUGCCCAUGCUCUUCUUGGGUGGAUGUGCUUCCCUGCAUUUCAUUUCUAGAAUGUGCCCAGGCUUCUUGUAUUUUUCCAGACGAAAUAAUCUGAUCCGCCUUAGCCCUGCCAUUCUGCAUUCCCUCAGCAUUCAUUGAUUUUUCAUUCCUCAUGACUUUUGAUCCGUGUUCAAUUUCCGACAUGUUUCAACAUAGAAACCUUGAUGAUUUCGCAACUGUGGCAGGGUUUGCUUUUAUCUACAUGGAAGAUGAAAGGGAUGCUGAGUAUGCAAUCAGAAGACUUGAUAGAACUGAAUUUGGAAGAAAGGGGCGCCGUAUACGUGUUGAGUGGACAAAGCAAGAACGGGACAGCAGAAGGUCAGGUGAUUCAAGAAAAUCCUCAAGUAAUUCAAGACCAUCAAAGACUUUGUUUAUCAUAAAUUUUGAUCCAGUUCACACCAGGACAAGGGAUCUGGAGAGACACUUUGAUCCCUAUGGGAAAAUAUCAAAUAUAAGGAUCAGGAGGAAUUUUGCUUUUAUACAAUAUGAAACUCAGGAGGAUGCUACAAGAGCUUUGGAAGCAACAAACUUGAGCAAAUUUAUGGAUCGUGUUAUCACAGUGGAGUAUGCUAUUAAAGAUGAUGAUGACAGGAGGAAUGGAUACAGUCCUGAUAGAAGAGGCAAUGACUCCCCUGAUGGGAGAUAUGGCCGGGGCAGAUCCCCGAGUCCAUAUCGCAGAGGUAGGGGUAGCCCAGAUUAUGGUCAUGGAUCGAAUCCAGCUUCCAGACCAGAACCAAGAGGAAGCCCAAAGUAUGAACGAGGUGAAAGCCCAGUCAAUGGCAGAUAUGACAGCCGGUCUCCUCCUCCACGAGAAAGGUCUCCUCCUCCACGUGAAAGGUCGUCUCCUCCACGUGAAAGGUCGCGAUCCUGAGGAGUAAAACAAUUAGAUCCGUCUGUGAAAUUGUUACCCAUUUUCAUUUUGUUCUAGCAGUCUGUAGUUUGGCAGCAGAAAACAUUAAGCUUGGUUGUAUCUACUGUUGUGUGUUGGCUUGAACCUAAUGCAGCGACAUGCAAAGACAUUGAAACAGAUUAUCUUAUGUUGGUGGAUCUAGUUUGAUUUAUGUUUUCUAAAAAGGACAUUGUUCGACCUCUGGUUCAUUAUGGAUUGAGCAUUAUUUAGUUACUUGUA